AAGUGUAGUGAGAGAGAGAAACAGAUACAGAAUAUUGAGAGAGAGAGAGAGAGAGAGAGAGACGCAGAGAGAGGGAACAAGUACCAUGAAAAGGCAAGAAGAAAGGAACAAAUUAGAAGAAACAACUGACUUUCUUUAUCUAUCUACCUUCCUCAAUUUUUGUUACUAAAGGCAAAAACUGAGUUUCAAAUUGGUUCUGUUGGUAAAUUCGGAGUACUUGGUCUUUGUUUGCUUCUUGUUGUCCUUGAUGCGGUUUGUUAUCUCUAUAUUGCUUAUGGGCUUUUGUUAACGAAGCUGUUGGUUGAGUGAGAGAGAAAAGAAAAUUGUGUAGGAAAUGUCUGUCAAGAGCAGAGGAGAGCCAGCCGCAAGAAGUGUCAUACCUAAAAAAUGGUCUCUUUUGCUUUGUCUUGGAAGCUUUUGUGUAGGAAUGCUCUUCACUAAUCGAAUGUGGAUGGUGCCUGAAUCUAAAGGUAUGACAAGGACCACUGCAGUAGAAGCUGACAGGUUAAAGUUAGUUUCAGAAGGUUGUGAUCCAAAUAUUGAUGUUACGCGCAAAUCCAAAGAUAUUUUUGGCGAAGUGUCUAGGACUCAUCAUGCCAUACAGACAUUGGAUAAAACUAUUUCAAAUUUAGAGAUGGAAUUGGCUGCUGCAAGGGCAGCACAAGAGUCUAUCCUUAGUGGUUCUCCUCUGUCAGAAGAUAUGAACACUGGUUCAUCUGGGAAAAGGAAAUAUUUUAUGGUUAUAGGAGUCAACACUGCUUUUAGCAGCCGAAAAAGAAGAGAUUCUGUUCGUGCUACCUGGAUGCCACAAGGAGAGAAGCGGAAAAAGUUGGAGGAAGAGAAGGGGAUUAUUGUACGCUUUGUCAUUGGUCAUGGUGCCACAGUUGGUGGUAUAUUGGACAGAGCUAUUGAAGCAGAGGACAAAAUGCAUGGUGAUAUUUUGAGACUGGAUCAUGUUGAGGGGUACCUUGAAUUGUCAGCCAAGACAAAGACAUAUUUUGCAGCUGCUGUUGCUUUAUGGGAUGCAGAAUUCUAUAUCAAAGUUGACGAUGAUGUUCAUGUGAAUAUAGCCACACUGGGAGAAACUUUAGCAAGAUAUCGGAGAAAACCACGGGUAUAUAUUGGAUGCAUGAAAUCUGGUCCAGUCCUUGCUCAAAAAGGAGUGAGAUACCAUGAACCAGAAUAUUGGAAGUUUGGGGAGGCAGGAAACAAGUAUUUCCGUCACGCUACAGGACAGUUAUAUGCCAUUUCAAAAGAUUUGGCUAGUUAUAUUUCAAUAAACCAGCAUGUACUGCACAAGUAUGCUAACGAGGAUGUAUCUUUGGGAUCUUGGUUUAUUGGACUCGAUGUGCAGCAUAUUGAUGAUCGGAGAUUAUGUUGUGGAACCCCACCAGAUUGCGAGUGGAAGGCACAGGCGGGCAACAUCUGUGUUGCUUCAUUUGACUGGAGUUGCAGUGGGAUUUGCAGGUCUGCUGAGAGGAUUAAAGAGGUCCAUCAGCGAUGCGGUGAAGGUGAGAAUGCUGUGUGGACUGCUGCCUUUUGAGAAUCGACUAGCAAUUCCUCCAAACUCAGGAAGGUGAUAAUGUUGAGCACUUGUGCUAGUAAUCUGUUUCAUUUACACGAGUACAGAGAAUACAUAUCAUAUAUAGAGGGAAAGAGUUAGAGAGAGAGAGAGAGAGAGAGA